GAUCGUUUGGGUAAUCUUGGUGUCAUUGAUGAUAAAUACGAUGUCGCGAUUUCAACCGCCUGUUUUGCAUUGAACAACAUCGUGGUUGAUUCUGUUGAAGUUGGACAAACUUGUGUAAAACAUCUUAGAAAAAACAAUUUAGGUCGCGUCACAUUCAUUCUUUUGAAUAACCUACCUACCGUGGAUAUGCAACCGAUACAAACACCCGAAAAUGUUCCCCGUCUUUUUGAUCUUGUUAAGCCGAAAGAUGAAAAGUUUAUCCCAGCAUUUUAUAAUAUGUUACAAAAUACUUUGGUAGCCGAAAAUCUACAAAAAGCGAUCAGGAUAGCAUUUGAUAAAACUCGAUGGCGCAUAAUGACUUUAAAUGGUGAAUUGGUUGACAAAUCUGGCACUAUGAGUGGCAAUGACCAAGUGUUGAAAGCUUCCGACAUAACACCCGAGAUAAUAGCACAAUUAGAAAGAGAACGUAAUCACUUAGAAGCACAGUGUAGAGAAUUUAAUGAAAAACUUAGUUCUUUAGAAUCUCAACUUCAAGAGAAAAAGGAUAAACUUCCUAAAUUAGAGUUUGAACUAUCAAAUUUAGAGAUAUGUGCUGAUGUUUGCGUAAAAAGUAUUACCGAUAAUGAAACAAGUAUAGUCAAGUUACGGCAAAAAGAGAUUAAGAUAUUGCAAGAUAAGAUUUUGGAAAUUGGGGGUGAUAAACUUCGAGCUCAAAAGUCUAAAAUAGAACAUGUUAAAGAUCAAAUAGUUUUAAUAAAUGAGCGAAUUACCAAGUCGCAAGUGGCCAAAUCAAGGGCGGAAAAGGAAAAGAAAAAAUUCGAAAAUUCUCUAGCAAAUAGUGAAAGGGGAUUAAAAGAAUUAAAUAAUGAGAUAGAAAAUAUUACAAAAGAAAUUCAACAGAAAGUCAAUGUUGCACGUUCCAUUCAAGAUCUUGAACGCAAUUUGACAGAAAAUAAACAAAACGAAAUUCGUUGGCGAAAAUCUCUUAGCGACCUUACACUUCAUGAAAUUGGGAGUGACGAGGUGCAAGAAUUUCAAAUCUAUACUGAUGAUGAGCUCGAUGCAAUGGACAAAGAUACAUUACAAGAAGAGAUUGAUAUUCUUAAAAAAAAAACCGAAAACGCCAACCCAAAUCUAAAUAUUUUGGAGGAAUAUAAUAUUUAUGAAAAAGAAUAUAAAUUACGACAAAAAGAUUUUGAAGAUGUUACCUUUAAGCGUAAUGAAUGUAAAGAAAAUUACGAUAAUUUAAGGAAGCAAAGAUUGGACGAAUUCAUGCAUGGAUUCGAUAUUAUUUCUCAAAAGCUUAAAGAAAUGUACAAGAGGAUCGUUUGUGGAGGAAUUGCCGAGCUUGAAUGCGAUAGCUUUGAUCCCUUUUGUGAUGGCGUCAUUUUUAGCGUUAAGCCGCCGAAGAAGAGCUGGAAAAAGAUCUCCGAUUUAUCUGGUGGAGAAAAGACGCUUUGUUCUUUGUCUCUGGUACUAGCUCUGCACCAUUACAAACCUACGCCCAUAUGUGUUAUGGACGAGAUUGAUGCGGCCUUGGAUUUUCGUAAUGUUUCAAUCGUCGCAGAUUAUAUCAAAGAACGUACUAGGGACGUACAAUUUAUUGUUAUUAGUUUACACAAUAACAUGUAUGAAUUAGCGGAUCAUUUAGUAGGGGUAUUUAAAACUGGUGAUCAGUCAAAAUCAGUUACUAUUAAUCCGCGUAAAUUUCAAGAAUUUACAAUGCUUGGAGAAGAUGCAAAAUAA